UUAGCAAGGGAGGCCAGUCCGCUGGGGAAAGCUGCCGGGAAAAGGAAGAGCGGCUCCAGCAUGACAGUCUCGCCAGAGUGAGCUGCUGCUACUGCUCUCGGGCGGCUGGAGACGCCGGGUGCCCUUUUUCGGGCAGUGCAGAUAAACUCAACUGAGAAGAACACAAUUGUGAUGUUGCUGAAGAAGAUUCAUAGGCGAAAUUUCUGGAUGAUCAUUGACUGACUGCUUUGCCUGAUAUGGUUUAGUGAGCAUCACAAUAGCAAGAACAAGUUGUUCUACAUUCCUUUAUUUGAAUUACCAGGAUUUUAAGGAUGGAUUAUUUUCGAGCCUUCACAUUUCUCUUUAUGCUGAUAUUAUCCAGAGGCGUCACUGCAGACACAGAGAAGAAAACCCCUGAUUCAGGAUUAGAAAUCUAUAAGAAGCUGUUCGAAGUGAAACGCAAAGACCAGAUGAAUGCGUUGAAGAACCUGAUUGAACUCAACGAUGUGAACCAGCAAUACAAGAUCAUAGACAUCAUGCUCAAGGGUCUUUUCAAAGUUCUUGAAGACUCGCGGGCUGUACUUAUAGCAGCAGAUGUCCCUCCAGAUGGGCCGUUCCCUCAGGAUGAGAAGCUAAAGGAUGCAUAUUCCCAUGUGGUGGAGAACACUGCAUUUUUUGGUGAUGUAGUCCUGCGUUUUCCCAAGAUAGUACACCAUUACUUUGACCGCAACUCCAACUGGAACAACCUGAUUCGCUGGGGAAUUGGCUUCUGCAACCAGACAGGUGUAUUUGAUCAAGGUCCGCACUCUCAAGUCCUCGGAUUGAUGGCUCAAGAGCUUGGAAUAAGUGAGAAAUCUCCAGAAUACCGGAACCCCUUUAAAACAGACAAUUCUGAAUUUUUCCCCAGUGCGGACACAUUCCAGAAGGCUCUCCGGGAGGAAGAGAAGCGAAGGAAGAAAGAGGAGAAGCGGAAGGAGAUCCGCAAGGGGCCUCGCAUCUCCCGCUCACAGUCGGAGUUGUAAUGCUGCCACCUGCUCCUGUCACCAUGACUUGCCCUGGGCGGGAGAUGGAAGCCGCUGGGAGAGGAGCAUCCCAGUCCCUUGGUGACCUCAGGAAAAUGCCAGGAUGUUGCGGUUUUGUUUUGUAAGGUUUUGGAAGUUUGUUUCUUCUUUCAGCGAGACGUUGGCUAACAACUGGAUUGAGCUGUGGGAAGCGCCCCAGGCAGAGAUUGCGGUCUUUGAGCACAUCUUCCCUUAUGGGAAGGCUUUUUCGAGUAACUGGAAUGUACAGAGUUUGUCAGAGGCUGUUCCUCAUGUCUCUGUGUAUUUUUGUUUCAUGUGGCUUUGCCAGUUUGUAACGCUUAGGGAGAGGGGCGGCGAAAGGGAAGUUCUCCGGUUCAUGCCACCUCUGCUGUUUAUAACACCAGAGGUUGUGAAUUCUUGUGCAGUCAGAAUGGGAAGAUAACACAGAGUUGCAGGAUUAACUUGAGGGGGCAGCAGAAUCACCUUGAAAGAGUUAAGGAUUCUAAGAGUUAUGGGUUAAGGACAUAGAUUCCUUGGGAUUAUUCACACACUGACAGAGUACUCCUUUUGAAUGUACCUAGGAUACGUCAAAGAGGUGCUGUUAUUAAAAUGGUGUACCGGUAAUAA